AUGCAGGCAUCCAUCCUCCGGCAGAUUGUCGCUGGACCCAGAAUACGGCAUCCGGAGGCAGGUCUUGAUCUCUGCUACGUCGCAGACAAUCUCAUUGCAACCUCGGGCCCAUCGUCCAACUAUCCGCAACGGGCCUAUCGAAACCCGCUUGAUGACCUGGUGAAUUUCCUUGAUUCCAAACAUGGCAAGGACUGGUGUAUCUGGGAAUUUCGCGCCGAGGGCACGGGAUAUCCUGACUCAGAGGUCUAUGGGCGCAUUCAUCAUUACCCGUGGCCGGACCAUCACCCACCCCCAUUCGCGCUCAUUCCUGCGAUUAUGGGAAGCAUGCGAAAUUGGCUGCAGGGGCUAGAUGACACCGACGCGGAAGGAAAUGUGCAAACCGAUAAAGAAAAGAGGGUAGCCGUUGUGCACUGUAAAGCUGGCAAAGGCCGCAGUGGUACAAUUGCUUGUAGUUACCUGAUUACCCAUGAAGGCUGGAAGGUGAAAGACGCACUUCAACGAUUUACGGAGAGGAGAAUGAGGGUAGGAUUUGGUCCCGGGGUCAGUAUUCCCAGCCAGCUGCGCUGGGUGGGAUAUGUGGAUCAGUGGGCAAAUCAGCUGGGCAAAAAGUAUGUCGAGCGGCCGGUGGAAAUUCUCGAGCUGCAUGUAUGGGGCCUGAGAGAUGGUGUCAAAGUUGCAGUUGAGGGGUAUGUCGAUGAGGGGAAGAAGAUCAAAUGUUUCCACUUGUUCCAUCGCAGCGAGCGGACGAUCGUCGAUGAUGGGAAGACGGUUUUUCCGGAGAAGAGAUCGGGGACCAACAGCGAAAGCAGCAGCAGGACGGGUACUAUCACAGAGGCCCCUCCGGCUGCUCCCCCUUCUUCGACAUGGCCAAGAGCCGCCGACCCCGUUUCCUCUACCAAACCCACCGUCACAGCGCCUCUUGCUUCGAGCCCCGAAGGGUCCGCGGCUUCUCCAACCAAGUGUAUAUCGGCUGUCAUUCUCCGUCCCAGCAAACCCGUCAUUCUCCCCUCAUCCGACGUCAACAUUGACUUUGAGCGACGCGGCAAAGCCGCAUAUACCGGCUGGGCCAUGGUGACCUCCAUCGCCCACGUGUGGUUCAAUGCUUACUUCGAGGGCGGCGACAAACACGACUCAGGCGUCUUCGAAAUAGAAUGGGAAGCCAUGGAUGGGAUCAAGGGGACAUCCAAGCGCGGCGUCAAGGCCCUCGACAGACUAAAAGUCGUCUGGCGAUUCCCCCCGCCCUCUCGCGCCGUGGCCCACGAGUCCGGCGCAGAUAGCAUCAGCGCAACCGCAGGAAAAACCAUCACUGAACCCGAACCCGGUGAACCGAUUUCCGAGAGCCACCCAGCGGACUGGCGAUGCCAGGAUUCAGAAGACGAGCAGGACCGCCCCCUCCGAGACCAGGAGAAUCUUCCUACCCAAGACACGGAGACUGAAACCCAUGCCCCGGAGAUCAAGGGGCUUACCUCAGCGUCGGAGCAUCCGCUUCUCACGGGGGUCAGCACCGCGGCUGCGAGCGCGCUGUCGGCAACUGCGCAGUCGAUUCAUGGUCUGGGCAAGGAUCUAGGGAUGCGAAAGCAAGCAGACGAGAGCAAGGACGUCAGCCUGGCAGGUAGCGACGUGGAGUCGUCAGAGCGUCCGAAACCUAGCGACACAGAAGCGCAGCGAGGCCAUACGGGGAAGACAGAUGAAAACGAAGACGACUUCAAGGGUGUACAGUCAUAUUUUGUGAAUGGUGAUAACAACCCGGGGCAGUCUUCGUAA